AUAUACUAUACCACACACACACACACCUACUGUACCGGUAUAUACGGUUACAAACUCGACAGCAAAUAUUAAUGAAGAGCCGUAGCACCGGUAGUAGUAGUAGUCCUCCUGUAGGUGUUGUUGUCCGACAUGUGACCGAUAUAGUGGGUGAAUGGGGUCGUUGGCAGCUAAAUAUAGCACUGUUUUCAAUCAGUAUAUCACUGUUUUCAUCGUUAAACAAUUUGGCCGUAACUUUCUAUGCACCCAAAGUUGACUACUGGUGCGGUGAUGACGGUGCUACUACUAGUGCUAACAAUCAGUCACAAUCAAUUGAUUAUUGUCUAACUGGUUGUCAAAACUGGACGUUUGAUAAAUCAGUGUUCAAAAGGACAAUCAUCGAUGAGUGGCACCUUAUAUGCGAUUGGCGGGGUAUGGCCUCACUAUCCGAAUCGCUCUAUAUGUUGGGCUUUGCACUGGGAGGUGUCAUAUUUGGUGGAUUAUCCGACCGAUUCGGCCGAAUACCCAUACUAUGGGCGUCGCUAAUACUGGAAAUAGCUGCCGGACUUUCAAGUGCAUUGGCCGUCAAUAUUACACAUUUUAUGAUAUCGCGUUUCAUACUGGGAAUGGUAUGCAACGGUCGCUAUUUGACUACAUUUAUGUUAGUUACCGAAUGUGUUGGGCCUAAACAUAGAGCCUCGUUGGGCAUGUAUUUCCAGUUGGGUUGGGCACUGGGCUACUGUCUAUUGCCGGGUAUUGCCUACCUGUUGCCAAACUUCCGGCACCUGUUGCUGACCACUUCGCUGAUUGAACUGCCGUGGCUGGUCUGGCUUAUAUUCAUACCCGAAUCGCUUCGAUGGCUGACCACACACGGCCGCUGGACACAGGCUGAACGGGUAUUCAAACGGGCCGUCCAAAUGAACUCAUUGGCCGACGAUAGCGGACUACUCGAGCGUCAGUUGGAACAGUUGAAAAUGUCGACCACCGAUGAGGAACAGCAGUCAAGCGGUGGUGGCGGUGGACAACAAAAGCCGAAAUCUAAGUCCAAUUUGACAUAUAUUUGGGAGAUAAUGAAAUCACCGAACCUGAGGAGGACAACCCUAAUCAUGUACUUUACGUGGUUUGUCAAUGCAUUUGUCUAUUACGGUAUAUCGUUGAACAUCGGCGACUUUGGCGGCGAUUUGUUUAUCAACUUUUUGAUUGCCGGUCUACUGGAGUUUCCCAGUAUUGUGUUUCCGGUAGUGGCCUUCAAAUUUGUCGGCCGUCGACCACUCAGUUCGGCACUAAUGUAUUUGAGUGGACUGUCGUGUUUCGGUGUACUACCGUUUCUAUCGAUGACAGCCAUCUGGCCUCGGGUUACUGUGGCAUUGAUUGGCAAGUUUUUCAUUACCAGUUCGUUUGUUGUCAUCUAUGUCUAUGCAGCGGAAGUCUAUCCGACUGUUGUCCGACAAGUAGGUGUCGGUUCGUGUUCAGUGGCCGCACGUGUCGGCUCUAUAUUAGCCCCGUUUGUCAAAGAGCUGAAUAUCUAUACAGGUAUGAGUGUCGUACUGUCCAUUUACGGUGGUCUGUCCAUUGCCGACGGUGUGUCCAUACAUUUUCUACCCGAAACUCGUGGCCAACAAAUUGCCGAUACUGUCGAAGAGGCUGAACAACUCAAUAGGAGGAAACGCAAAAAUAAAAAUCAUAAUCAAAUUAAAAACAACGAUGAUGAUGAUGCUAAUAAUGAUUUUAAAGUGUACACAUGUUGUAUACAUAAGUUUUAA